AUGACUUCCUCAGUGUUCUACAAGUUCAAGUCGCAGAAGGAGCCCUCGCGGGUCGAGUUCGACGGGACAGGUAUCUCAGUGUUCGAGCUAAAGCGUGACAUUAUCAAGCUGAGCGGCCUUGGUGAUGGCACUGAUUUCGACCUUGCUAUCUACGCCGAAGAUGGAAGCGAAGAAUACGAAGAUGACCUCGCUAUCAUCCCCCGCUCGACUACAGUCAUCGCACGCCGACUUCCACCCGCAAAACCGGGUGCAGGCCGUGCCGCUAGAUACGUCUCGGGAAAGAUGCCCAACAGUGCCAAAAACUCUUCGCGGCGUGAGGCAACGGUCAAAACGACAAAGCCCUCUACCCAAGGUCUGACGCAGAUGAGCAAUGCUCUGACGGAGGAGGAGAAAUUGGCAGCCAUGUUCCAGGUCCAAUCGGAUCAAUGGUCAGCUCAGCAGGAGGAGAUGGCUCAUCAGGCCCCCGUCUAUAAGCCUGGGGCCAAGAAACCCGUCAAUGUGCCCGAUCACGAGCCACCCAACGGCUACAUCUGUUACCGCUGCGGUCAGAAGGGCCACUGGAUACAAGUGUGUCCCACCAACGACAACCCUGAAUUCGACAACAGGCCUAGGGUCAAACGAACUACUGGUAUUCCUCGUUCGUUCUUGAAGACGGUAGACAAGUCGGCGCUGCAGCAGGGCGAUGGUGAAGAUGGAAUCAAGCCACCCGCCGGUGUCAUGGUGAAUGCAGAUGGAGACUUUGUCAUUGCAGAACCAGAUAAGGCCUCGUGGGAACAGUUUCAAGCCAAGUCCAAGACGGCUGCCUCCACUCAGAAGGCAACAGCAGAUGGGGACAAGGAGCUCGAGGAGAAGGGCUUGCUUUGCUCAAUCGACAAGAGACUACUCAUAGAUCCCAUGAAAACGCCAUGCUGUGACAAGACUUAUUGCAAUGACUGCAUCACGAAUGCUCUCAUUGAGAGUGACUUUGUCUGCCCUGCUUGCCAGACAGAUGGGGUACUCAUAGAUGAUCUCAAGCCCGACGAGGAGGCUUCUACUAAGAUCCAGGAUUACAUCAAGGAGAAGGAGCAGGCCAAGAAGGAGAGGUCAAAGAGCCCCGUCAACGCCCAGUCCCCGCCCGCUGAAACUAAGGAAGAUGGUGAUGUCCCUUCCACCAAACCCGAGGACUCGACACCGGACCAGGCAGAGACGAAAGCCGACACAACGAACAAAGCUGACACCAAGUCACCAUCGCCGACCGUAGAGUCAAUCAAGUCGCCGCCGGCAGAAGCACCAAAACAGCCAGCGUCUUCCGCAUCGCCUUCAACCACGCCCAACCCUGUCGCCAAUGGGGAUGGUCCCAAGAAACCCGAAGAGCCAAUGUCAAAAAAGCGACCGGCUGAUGAGCCACUGGAAAUCCCAAAGGGCCCAAAAGCCAUGAGAAUGGCCCAAGGGCAACAGGACUCUCAGCAGAUGAUGAUGAAUGGCAUGAUGGGAAUGCCCGGCAUGAUGGGCAUGAACCCCAUGAUGGGCAUGGGUGGAUUCCCCAACAUGGGAAUGGGCAUGGGCAUGCCAAUGAUGGGCAACAUGCCUAUGAAUAUGAUGAACAUGAAUCCCAUGAUGGGAAUGGGCUUCCCGCCGAACAUGGGCGGCGGCUUCGGAGGAAACUUCGGCGGUGGCAACAUGGGGAACAUGGGCAUGGGCAUGGGCAUGGGCAACAUGAAUAAUAAUAAUCCCAACCGCGGAGGGUUCCAGCAGGGCCCUAACCGUCCCAACUUCACCCAGCCGAGUAAUGAUGAUGAUGCCUACUUCCGCAAGCCGGUCAACCCCAACAGACAUCAGAACAAACGGGUGCGCAACCGGCCGAGCGACUACCGAACAUUGUGA